GUCAGCAGGAAAGUUUGCCAGCUUCUUUGUGGUUGGAACUUGGAAUCAUUGCAAAGCUGACGAAUUGUUUAUAGUUUCGCAGCAAAAGCAAACUUUUUCUCAUCUUCUUCACUACCAAUUCUGCUUCCGAUUUUGGGUAUACUCCAGAGAACGACAGUGAUGCUGCAGUGCAUAUUUCUCCUCUCAGAUGCCGGAGAGGUAGUACUAGAGAAACAGCUUUCGGGGCACUGCGUCGAUCGCUCCAUAUGUGCCUGGUUCUGGGAACAAGCCGUUUCAUUUGGCGACUCCUUCAAGCAACAACCAGUGAUCACCUCUCAUUCGCAUUACAUUUUCCAAGUUUUUCGCGAUGGAAUCACUUUUUUGGGGUGCACGCAAAUUGAAAUGCCACCCUUGAUGGCCAUUGAGUUUUAGUUCCUUUGUAGGGCCGCUGAUGUUCUCAAUGAUUAUUUUGGGGCCUUAAACGAAGACAUAAUUAAAGACAACUUUGUCAUUGUGUACGAGGUACUUGUCUUGAGUACUAAUGUCUACUGACAACUUUAUCAACUGGUCUCUGUUGAUUAGAUGCAAACUGACC